CAUGGGAAGUGAAGAAAAGAUCCGAUGGCUCUCUGGGGUCAACGGAAGGUGAACUGUGACAAGUAAAAACGAAAUGGGAAUUCAGGAACCUACCAUUUCAAAAUAGUGUCCUGGAUCUGUACAAAUAAAUGUGGAUAUUUUAAGAACCAAAAUCCUACAAAAAAAGUACUUUUGACGUUUCUCCCCUGCCUUGGCUUACUCUCAUUGAACAAGGAAGGAAAAUACAUCUCGUUACAGAACUGAAAUGGCAGGUAAAAAUGUCAAUUGAGGACCCUUGACCUUGUCUGAUUCAAAGCAUAUGGUUGGGAUUUUUGCAAAUACAAAUGAGCUGAGAACAUGUGCAUGUAGAUGAGCCCUUUUUUCAGAGACAUUUUUGAAUGGACAAAAAUGUGUUUGCAGUUAGAAAACCUUUGAGAUGGGACACAUUUUUUGAUGGAACAAUUUUGUGAAAUUGUCUACAAUGCCAUCUCUCUGGAAAUAUCAAUCUGCAUAACGUAAUAUCAUUGAUAAGCCAGCGUUCAAAACUUUCAUAUGAAAUAUUUAUUUUCAUGGUUUCUAAUAUAAGGUAAAUUGGACCCAUAAUACAUUUGCAAGCGCUAUAUUCAGAAAAACGCCCUUCCUUGCGAGUGCUCGUUGCUACUCAACAUUUUUAAACGGCACCGCGAGCCAAGAGGGUUAGUACAAUCCGGACAAUCCUUGGGACGUCCAUACCAUAACUUUAUCCCCUACCAUUAACCCUAACCAUUUUUUAUUUCAACUUUAACGGGGUAGUGACGUCCAAAGGAUCCAAGAUAGCAAGGACAGAGUCAAGAGGGUCUAGUGCACGGUGCUGUGCGCAUCUGAGGUCUUAGAGCUGUCUGAAACGCACGGAGUUUUGUCAUGUUUUCUUCGAAUAACUGGAGCUCUUUUUCACUUAUGCUCGCAAGAAGAUAAUAAUCAUGAUCAACAUUAGUGUCAAAACACAUAACUGGCUGUUUUACGCAGAAUAUUAAAAGGAACUUGGCUAAUGGGCAGGAUGGAAAACUCAACUAUCCCUUUUAUCAAGAGUGAAACUCUCAAUAUAUAGCCAGUCCCACUUCAGGUUUUCCCCUCCACCCCAGGCAGGCCUGUGGCCGCCAUGAUGAGCAGCUCAUCCAGCCCAGCUGAGUUCUCCAGGGACAGGACCUCCCUCCUGUCCAUAGACUCAAGCGUCUUCUACAGCGAGCCCCCUCCUGUCUGUGACUACCCACUGGACUUCUUCACCAUCAACGUGGGAGGCAGCCGCUACGUUCUCUCCCAAGAGCUGCUGGCAUCUCACCCAGAAACCCGUCUGGGCAAGCUGGCCCAGUCCACACGGGACGCUGCCCUGGAGCUCUGUGAUGACGCUGACUUGCUGGAGAAUGAGUUCUUCUUCGACCGCAGCUCACAGACCUUCCAGUAUGUGAUAAACUUCUACCGCACAGGCCACCUGCAUGUCAAGGAGGAGCUUUGCGUGUUCUCCUUCCUCCAGGAGAUUGAGUACUGGGGCAUCGAUGAGCUCUGCAUCGAUCCCUGCUGCCGGGAACGCUACUACCGCCGCAAGGAGCUCAAGGAGAGCCUGGACGUGCGGAACGAGGCUGAGGCUGACGAAAGCCAGGAUGAAGACUUCAACGGCGCCGCGUGCCCAGAUCUCCGGCGGCGCCUGUGGGACCUGCUGGAGAAGCCAGAGUCUUCACGAGCGGCACGCGCCUUCGGCACGCUGUCCAUCAUCUUCGUGGCGGUGUCCAUUGUCAACAUUGUGCUCAUCUCGCUGGACCUGGGGAAUGUGGGUGGGAACGGGAUCGGUGACGAGAGCGGGGGCAAUGACGGGGGUACACCUUUCUUCGUGGACGCACUGGAAUAUGUGUGCGUGGUGUGGUUCACCGGUGAGCUGGUGUUGCGCUUUGUCUCCGUGCGCGACAAGUGCCGCUUCACCCGUAGCGUUCCCAAUGUGAUCGACCUGCUAGCCAUCCUGCCCUUCUAUGUGACUCUGGCAGUUGAGAGUCUGCACGGUGGCUCUACUGAGCUGGAGAACAUGGGCCGCGUGGUGCAGGUGCUCAGGCUCAUGAGGUCCUUCCGCAUGCUCAAACUAGGACGCCACUCCACAGGCCUCAAGUCCCUGGGCCUGACCAUCACCCAGUGCUACGAGGAGGUGGGUCUCUUGCUCCUCUUCCUCUCCGUGGGCAUCUCCAUCUUCGCCACGGUGGAGUUCGCCCUGGAGCAUGACAUCCCCGGCACCGCCUUCAGCAGCGUGCCCUGUGCCUGGUGGUGGGCCACCACCUCCAUGACCACGGUGGGCUACGGAGACAUCCGCCCCGACACCACCCUGGGCAAGGUGCUGGCCUUUCUCUGCAUCUUGUCUGGCAUCCUGAUCUUGGCACUGCCCAUCGCUAUCAUCAACGACCGCUUCUCUGCCUGCUACUUCACUCUCAAGAUGAAGGAGGCGGCGCUGCGGCACGGGGAGGCCCUCAAGAGGCUGGCACGGGGUUCGCUGGGUGACUCGGAGGAGGGUGGGGCAGCAAGGGGAAGAGGGGUGAAUCUGAGGGAUGUUUAUGCCAGGAGUGUGAUGGAGAUGCUGAGGCUGAAAGGGAGGGAGAGGGCCAGCACACGGAGUAGUGGAGGGGGUGAGCUCUGGUGGUAGUGUGGAAGAUGGAGCACGAGCGGCUGUGGAGAAAAAGCUAUGGAAAAGUUAAGUCAAUUGGGUUAAAGAUGGAAUCCGCAGUAGGGGGAAACACCACUGGCUGCCUCACUACAGUUAUUAUUUUUGUUUCCGAGCUGAGGAGCGUCGCGAAGCAUGGUAAAUAGGUUCAUACUGUGCUCUUUUAUCACACGUGCAAUGAUGUCAGAGGGGUAAAACUGUGCAAACUGACGUGGUUGUUUCACCAUUUAAGGAUUUCAGCUUUAAGAACAUCAUCAGAAUAUGACAAUGUGUACAAUGUAUAGGACAUAUCUAAAGGAUGAUGAGGGGACAACUUUCAUGGCUAACCUUUUUCAGUGUUGUGUUCUGACAACUAUUGCAUGUUCUGUCUCCUCUGUAUGUGUCACAUAGACAAGAUGUACAGUAUUAACUGAAUUAUAUUGUGUUUGAUAUUAAAACACUUAUUGAAAGAUGCA